AUGUUUUGUAACGUUCUUCACAAGGAUUACGAGGAUUUAAAAUUGGUGUUAAGAGGCAUGGCUUACAAGAGUGUUCUGUGUAGCAAGGAGAGAGAGGUCUCCGAAUUUGAAUGUCCCCAGCAACUAGAGUAUCCCUUAGAAGCCGGAUCAGCCGGACACAGAAUUCUAAGGGAAUUAAUUUCCACUGUAGAGUCUGUGGGGAUGACGGCGGUGCUGCAACAGCAGUGUUCGGUCAAAGGAUUAGGUCCGUCGAUUGAUCUGAAUGAAUCUGUGGAAGCGAUCAUUGAAUCCAAGCAUACAGCAUAUCGCACCAAACUACAGUUUCUCAUCACGGAAAAUAUCAUUGAGAGGCUACCCUUAACAGCCUUUGAAAUGGAUCAUAUCAGAAUCCCGUCGCAUCUGCGUCUGGCAGACAAUGAGUUUCACAUCCCAGCCAGAGUAGAUGCUCUGUUAGGAGCAAGCAUUUUCUGGGAACUUCUCUGCAUCGGGCAGAUUAAGUUGAGCAAAGGCCAACUAAUUUUGCAGAAACGCAGAACGCACCUGGGAUGGAUUGUUGCGGGAGGCAUUUCAGAUAUCAAGCAAAUCACCUUAUUGAGCUGCAUGGCAUCUGACAAUACAUUGCACGAACAGGUGCAGCGAUUUUGGAACAUCGAAGAGAUUGAACAAAACUUAUUGCCAUCAAAGAACGACGAGUAUUGCGAGGCUGAUUUUGUGAAGAACUGUCAACGGGAUUCAUGCGGUAGAUUCACAGUCAGUCUUCCAUUCAAAGGUGACCCAAAUGAGUUAGGCGAAUCCCGUGAGCAUGCACUGAAACGGUUUCAUAAACUGAAGAAACGACUGGAGUCGCAACCGGACAUCAAGGAACUAUAUGUAAGGUUUAUGCAAAAGUAUCUCGAGCUAGGUCACAUGAGUCAGAUAUCAAGUAUCAAGGAAACAGCCUCCAAGAAAUAUUACAUCCCGCAUCAUGCGGUAGUAACCAACAUUAACAAUCGAAUCAAGCUCCGUGUCGUUUUCAACGCAUCGGCACGUACGACUUCCGGAAUAGCGCUCAAUGAUCUUUUACGAGUAGGACCCACAAUUCAGCCUACUCUAUUGGCAACAGUUGUACGAUUCCGACAAUAUCAAUUCGUCAUGACGGCGGAUAUCGUUAAAAUAGCAGACAUCAAUCAACCAAUACAAGAGUACCGACUGAAUACGGUUACCUACGGACUUGCCUCAGCUCCAUUUUUAGCAAUUCAAGCGUUGCAGCAAACGGGUCAAGAUGCUCAACAAGAUCAUUUUGUAGCGAGUCAGGUCAUUUGUGACUUUUAUGUGGACAAUUUACUCACCGGCAGUGACAAUUUGAGCAAACUUCAAGCACUAAAACAAGAAAUUAUCGAGAUAUUGAGAUCAGCGGGUUUCAAGUUAGCAAAAUGGAACUCGAACGAACCGUCACUCAUCACACAAUCAACCGACAAUACCGCACAAGUCCUCAACAUUGGGGAAGAGAAAACUCUCGGUCUUACGUGGAAUUCAGCGACAGACACAUUCCAAUAUCGCGUUGUGGCUCGAAACAACGAAGGUCAAAUUACUAAACGUACGAUAUUAUCGAUCGUGUCACAAAUUUUCGACCCAUUAGGACUCAUCGGGCCAUCAACAAUCAAGGCAAAAAUAAUGCUGCAGCAAAUGUGGCAACUCAAGCUCAGUUGGGAUGAUUCAUUGCUAAGUGACUUACACACGGAAUGGACUGGAUACGUUGAGCAUCUUAAAUCCAUAAAUGAUAUUUGUAUUCCACGCAUCACUGUAUGCCACAACCCAGCACGCAUUGAUCUUCAUGGUUUCUCAGAUGCCUCAGAGAGUGCUUACGGAGCUUGUGUCUAUUUACAUUCCGUCGACCAACAGGGUAACGUGACCAUUCGAUUGUUGUGCGCCAAAUCAAGGGUCGCACCGUUGCAAACUGUCUGCGUGCCCCGACUGGAACUGUGCGGAGCCCUACUCCUAGCAAAAUUAGUUCACCAGGUAAUCGGAAUACUGUCAUUACCAAUUCACACCUGCUAUUAUUGGUGUGACUCAACAAUCGUGCUCGCGUGGAUACACGGCGAACCAUAUCUCAGAAAGGCUUUUGUGGCCAAUCGAAUCACCGAAAUUCAGCAGCUAUCAGCAAAGGAAGCCUGGCGUCAUGUCAACUCAGAAGACAACCCAGCCGAUGUCAUAUUAAGAGGAGUAAAUCCACAUCAAUUAAGCCAGCUACGUCUUUGGUAG